CGCAAAGUUGGUCGCAUUCAAUCUUUGGUCCAGACCUUAUUGUUGUUGACGGCAACGGGUCAGCAAAACCGAUCAUCGUAACGUUGUUGUCGGCACCGCUGCGAUGCUUUUGUGAAUGUCCCACAACGUUUACUGUCGCCCGCCAACGCCCACGUCAACACAACACAUGCGCCCGUCUUAACAACCAGAUCCUCGCCCCCGACCAUUGACCACAGCAAACAUGGAGGAUCAAGUCGACUUCGAUAUCAAUGAGUCGCUGAAACUUUACCUCAGCGACGUGACUACCAUCACCACGCCGGAAGCGAGUCCAGAAUUGAUCGACUGCGAGAAUGACCCAGACAGCCUGACUCCGGCGCUGGUGGACAGUGUGUUGGAUUCAGUGAUAGAUGUUAUUACGGAGAAUCCAGAAGGAUUGUUCAGAAGCUCGACGUUCGAUACCUUACAGUUUCUGUUAAAAACCUCAUCCGCCCUAUCUACGCAAGCUCUGGCGAAGAUUCUUAAUCUGAUCGUUUCCGGACUAUCUACUACCGCGGACGUUGCAAAUCACGAUAUCGAAAAUGACGAACAAGAGACUCUACCGCAGCAUAAACGCCUGCUGGAAAUGUACGCAUUCCUUCUUCAGUGGUCCAUAUCGGCCGUCGAAGCCAAAGCACAGGAGAAGUCAAGUGCGGCACCAGCAAGAAGAGGUGGGAAAGGGGCAAAAUCAAAGUCGGCUGCCAAGGACAAUGCGUGGGAUUCUUCCAGUCAGAUCCAGAGUGCAAUGGAUGUUAUGUGUCGGGUGAUGAAGCUCAAGCUGAAUCGCAUCUUCCAGACAACGUCUGAUCGCGACACAUUCAUCAAUCUGUUUACAAGAUCCAUCUACCUGAUCAUGGAGAGUGAGGCCAGAGUCAAGAUUACAGCAGUCCGCAUGUUUUGCUUCAAAGUGCUUUGCGUCGCCGUGAAGCAUCAUGGCCACGCUCUCGGGGCACAGACCUCGAUCGUUCAGAACCUCACAUACUUUGAGCAUUUGUCAGAACCGAUGGCCGAGUUUCUCCAUAUCUUGUCAGAACAAUACGACUACCCUCAGCUAUCUGCCGAGAUCCUUAGAGAGUUGGCCGCAAAGGAAUUCAGUCAAAACGACAACAAGGGGCCAAAGUCGGUUUCCGCGUUUAUCAUCAAGCUUUCAGAGCUUGAACCUAGACUGGUGAUCAAGGAAAUGGGCCUCCUCGCCAAAUUCCUUGACAGCGAGGCACACACCUUACGAUGUGCAGUGAUUGAAGUCUGCGGAAACCUGCUUGCAGAUCUAAGCAGACAAGAGGAGAAAACCGAAACCACCAAGAUCCAGAUCAACGCUUUCUUCGACACCCUAGAACAGCGAUUUCUCGACACCGCACCAUUCUGCAGAGUACGGGCAAUGCAAGUUCUCACCAAAAUAUGCGAUCUGGAGCAGAAGUUUCCUAAGAGGAGACAGAAUGCUGCCGAACUUGCUAUGCAGAGUCUCCAGGACAAAAGCAGUAACGUUCGGCGGAAUGCUAUCAAGCUGCUGAGGAAGCUGGUUUCUUCGCACCCAUUCAGCUUAAUGCACGGUGGACAACUUUCACACAAGGAGUGGACAGAAAGACUCGAGGCGGUGGAAUCACAGUUGGACGCUCUAAAGCCUCCACCAGAUUCCCCCGGACUUGCUAAGACAGCUGCAGGCGAAGAGCAGGUUGACCAAGAACUUCUUGACGAUGCUACUCAGGCAGUCGAAGAGCCUAGGGAGUUGACUGAGGAAGAGAAGAUUGCUGCAGUAAAAAAGGCACAAGAAGAGGCCGCAACGUCUGAGGUCAUAGGGAAACUCCAACUGACCCGGAAAUAUUAUCUCGAGGCGCUCAGAUUCAUCGAGACCAUUCACGACGCCUCGGAAAUCGCAGUUCAGUUGUUGUCGUCACCUAACAAGACGGAGGUCAUCGAUGUGAUGGACUUCUUUGUCACGAUUGACGCGUUCAAGGUCGAGACGGCGCGGAAAGGUAUUCGUCGAAUGAUGCGGUUGAUCUGGACCAAAGGAAACAGUGAUGAGGGCAAAGGCGUCCAGAACCAUCUCAUCGACAACUACAAAAACCUCUUCUUUGAUGCUCCUGACAUGUUCAGCACCAACGAUGCCGCCAAUUUUGUCGCCAGAAAUAUGAUUAGCUUGACAUUCGGUGCAACGCCUGCAGAAUUGACCUCGCUGGAACAGCUGCUGAGCACCAUGUUCAAGGCGGGCCACAUUUCCGAGUUGGUGAUUGCCAAAUUGUGGCAGGUGUACGGCGUCAACAAGGAAAUCUCCAAGGCACAGAGGAGAGGCGCCAUCAUCGCACUCGGAAUGAUUGCUCUCGCAAGCCCGGAGGUUGUGGUGAAGGAAAUGGACACGAUGUUGAGAGUCGGCCUCGGCCAGCUGGGUCGAACAGAUUUCGUCCUCGCCAAGUUCACCUGCGUUGCUCUCCGACGAAUGAUACCAACUACAAAGAAGGUGCAAGAAAAGACUGCUUCUGCGGGUCUUUCGAAGAUGUCCAACAACCACGAGGUUCUGCGUAUGCUCGCGUCAAUCCUCCUGACCACCUCGGCAAGCAAAGACUGGUAUGGGAUGGCGGAACAGGCCAUCAGCGCCAUUUACGUUCUUUCAGAUCAUCCAGAUGUUCUAUGUUCCGAAGUGCUUCGACAGAAGACUCGCCUUGUCUUUCAGCAGACGAAAGACCUAUCGUCACUAUCGAGGACGCCUUCCCCAGAACCCGAUGCCAUGGACAUUGACGGGGAGGAGCAAGUCACAAACCCAGAGACGGAACCGCACGAGCCAGAACCUACAGAAUCCAAGCAGGAGAAGCCCUCGAUUGCCCUCUCACAGUUGUUGUUCGCUGUCGGCCACAUUGCCAUUAAGCAAAUCGUUCAUCUUGAGUUAUGUGAACUCGACUUCAAGCGACGGAAACAGGACCAAGAAAAGAAUAAGCCAGAGGCCAAUCCUUCUCCGGAGAAGUCAUCAGGUCCUACGGCAGGUCAGCGGAAGAGGACUGCCGCCGAAGAGGUCCUCGCAGAGAAGCAGAAAGAGGAAGAAAAGGACGAGCUCGACUUGAUCGGCGGCACAACCGAAGAUGAUUUCACCGAAGCCAUCGCCCAUAUUCGGGAACGUGAGUUACUCUACGGUCCGCAUUCGUUGCUUGCGAAUUUCGGGCCCCUGGUGACGGAGAUUUGCGCCAACAAUACAGCUUACAAGGAUCGAAACCUUCAGGCUCAGGCGACGUUGUGUCUCGCCAAACUGAUGUGCGUGAGCAGUGAGUAUUGCGAGAAGAACUUACCGCUCCUCAUCACCAUUCUGGAACGAUCCAUGGACCCCAUUGUGCGGUCCAACGCUGUGAUUGCGCUGGGCGACAUGGCGGUGUGCUUCAACCAUCUCAUUGACGAAAACACCGACUUCCUGUACCGCCGGCUGAAUGACGGCGACGAAAGUGUGAAACGAACCUGUCUGAUGACAUUGACAUUCCUCAUCUUGGCAGGACAGGUCAAGGUGAAAGGUCAAUUGGGUGAAAUGGCCAAGUGCCUGGAAGAUGGUGAUAAAAAGAUUGCCGAUCUGGCACGGAUGUUCUUCACCGAAUUGGCCACCAAGGACAAUGCUGUGUACAAUCAAUUCGUUGAUAUGUUCAGUGUUCUCACUCAAGAAGGGCCGCUGGAGGGCGGAGUUAUGGAGGAAGAAGCCGUUAAGAGGAUUCUGAAGUUCUUGUGUGGGUUUAUCGAGAAGGAUAAACACGCGAAAAAUCUGGCCGAAAAACUCGCGGCUCGGCUGAACCGAUGUGUGAAUAAACGUCAAUGGGACGACACAGCAUACGCGCUGUCGUUGCUGCAGCACAAGAAUGAAGACAUUGCGAGGAAGAUUCAAGAGGGGUAUAGAGUGGUGGAGACGGAGGCGUGAGAUGUCACCACGCAGUGUCUGGACGAAUCUCCGUUCGUAUUCGGUCUGUGAGUGGAACAUACCAUGAAGAAUGUAAUGAAUUGGAUGAGGCUAUGAUACCAGUGCCGUUUCAUUCUGUGCUCGUCGGGCGGCGGAUGCCAGAGCUUUCUUUCACUUAGCAGGGGUGUAUUUCGGACCACCAGCCCUUGCAGUCUGUACCAAUAUUGCCGACCCGAAUGAAUAGAUUUCAACACGUUGGGGACGAGGCUUCAAGGGAUGUAAUAGUCUUUGCGUGAACGAACCGAUUAACAAUGAGGAAGAAAACGAAAGCCCUCGUAGUGAACCUGGGAAAGAUUCACCCCCUAAUUAUCGAGUGGAUGAUCACGUUCACGUUCGCGUUCCUGAUCACGGUCCUAAUCGGGAUGGU